AUGCAUCUUUACAGAGGUGGGUUCAGCAACUGUGUUGACGCAAUCGAUGGUGGCCGACGCAGUGAUGGAUUGAGCACAACGGUCCCCAAUUUAGCGGUGAGAUCAGUUGAAGCUAGCUCUUUAGAGGGAUCAAUGCUGGGUUGCAAGGUCAUCAUCGAUCAUAGUGUCGUUUGUUACACCGUCAUAUUUUGGUUGAAAUCCUCUCCAUUUGCCUUUAAGAGUGCCAAGAUUUCCGCCUUGAGGUCGUCAUCUGAGGUUGGAAGUGCACUCGCGCCAACUGGUUGUUCGAUAUCGAGAGCUGGCCAGGUGAAUAAUGUGGUUGGUGCGAGCAGCUAG